AUGGCAAACGAGGGAAAAAAACUGCUAAUGUCAAGUAGAAAGAGCUUGAUAUUCACCAAGACUACUAGUUACCAAUUUCACUCUUUCCAAAAGACUUAUGAGGAGAGGAACAAGAAAUCAGCCAAACACUGGGACUGCUGGGGGCAUUGCUGCUGCAUCAUGUUCGAGAGCCGUGGUCAUGGAAAAAUUAGAAGCACCCCUGGUCAGGAAGAAAAAGAGUGCAAGAUGGGAGCAUUAGAAUGCGAUUGCCUAGAUCCGUGGGGUACACUUCUAGUGCUUGUCCUUGCCCUGGUUAUCGAAUUAGGGUGGUUGACGCCCUUCGAAUUGCCGUUCCCGGACGCGUGCAAGUGCUCAAGUGCCUGCUCACAUUCACGCGAUCAGAGCUACUCUGACACAAGAUGCGUUAUUGAGAGGAUAGGGAGAGGACAUAGACCUGAAUGUUUACCUGAUUUACAGAACCGGGUGGGUCGUCAGGCUUGUGGCCUCCACAGCGCGGUUGAGGAUAGGAGGAUAUUAAAGUUUGGAGAGAAGACAGAGCUCAGUUUUUACAAAGGGCGAUGGGCAGGAGAAAGCGAUAAUCGCUUGAAGAUGAGCUACGCCGUUACUGCUACACAUCGUCGGCAUGAAGGAGUUAAAUAUGAUGAGACGCCUAAGAGGCUGAUGGCCGUGAUUACGCCGUUCCAUCGUAUGGGUCCUUCAGAAUCGUCAAGUGUUGCUCAACAAGACGGGAUGAAAUUUGCUUUGCAACGUCAAAUCACAUCAUACUGCGAAGGGAAGUACAAAGCUGAGAGCGCGUGCGAGAGCAAUCAGCAUUCAAUUCGGCCGACUUCAAAAUCCAAUGUUGUGUUUCUUAAGAAGGGGAAGUAUAUGGGAUUAAAGCCAUGUUUUCUGCAAGAAUGCUUGCUCUGGGGUUAUUGCCACUUACCAUGUGAAGACGUGCAGCCGGGCGAAGUUCCAGCGACGGUACUAUCGUCAAUGGCGGCUACCCUCCACUUGUCUGCAGGCUGA